AUAUUCAGUUGAGUGUGGAAGCGACUGUAUAACAAAGCAAAGAUUGGUUCGCUACUCGCCCUUAGGUCUACUCUCUAAGUCACGCCACUCGCCAACAUUUUCUGCCCCUCCUUGCGCAACUGCAUAGUGUCUUUGGACCAAAAGCGGCCCAACGUAGAACUGUAUUACAAUAGCAAUUGGCUAUCCAAUAGAUUUUUCUUUCUCGCCAAAAAUGGCGUGCAACUCCGGAACCUGCCAGUCCGGUUGUUACAGAGACUCCUCUAAUGAAGCAGAAGAACAUCCGCCAGUAAAAAUUGCAAAUGAAGCUCCAAAUGUCGUCGCUAACGGUAGAAAGAGCACCGAACUAUUAUCUAUCGCCGUCUGUGUUAAAUGCAAGGUUAACAAAACCAUAGCCGCCGCUGCCUCCGCCGAGGACGGCGGUGACUUCAGCGGUGAAGAUAGCGGAAGGUUCUGUGCAGAUUGCUUCCGCAGUAAUCUCUAUGGGAAGUUCAGAUUUGCUGUCACAUCUAAUGCUAUGAUUUCGCCGUUGGAUAAUGUCCUUGUGGCUUUCUCCGGCGGUACAUGUUCCAGGGUGGCUCUGCAGUUUACACAUGAGAUGCAAAGUAAAGCUCAGAAGAACUAUGAUGCCAGUCCAGAUAGAGCAUUACCAGUCUUUGGUGUUGGGGUUGCUUUUAUUGAUGAAAAAGCCAUUUCUGCUGUCUCAUCUGAUGACCUUGAUAGAGCUAUUGAAAAGAUGAAACUUAUCUUGUCAGAUUUGGCUCCACCAGUGAAACAAUUCCAUGUAGUUCCAGCAGAGGCCAUUUAUUCGCUGAAAGCUGGUGAUGCAAAAGAUAGACUUAAUGAAUUAAUAAAUGCUGUUAGUGAUGUCACAGGAAAAGAAGAUCUGUUAGAGCAUCUUCGCAUGCUCUCCCUGCAAAAGAUAGCUGUUGAGCAUGGAUAUACCAAAGUUUUGCUAGGAACGUGUACAUCAAGAAUAGCUUGUCAUGUACUUGAAGCAACUGUCAAGGGCAGAGGUUACUCUUUGGCUGCUGAUAUCCAGUAUGUUGAUGCAAGGUGGAAGAUACCUGUGGUUCUUCCCCUACGUGAUUGUCUUAUUCAUGAGUUGAAUACUCUUUGCAGCCUUGACAGUUUGAUGAUUGUAGAAGUUUUUAACGGAACACAAUCUGGUAUCAAUGGCUUGGUCUCCUCAUUUGUAAAAUUGUUGCAGGAGGAAAACCCUUCCCGGGAAAGCACAAUCAUGAGAACAGCUGGAAAGCUGACACCUUUUCAUUUCAAUAGAAUGUCAGAGGACAAUAACUAUAAUGAUCAGGUGGCAUCUCAAAGGAGGCAAAAGAAAUACAGCCUGAAAACUAACGAUGCCCUUCCUCCCGAGUCAUUCUGUCGUAUUUGCAGUAGUCCUCUAAAAAUAUCCACCUUUGUAACAUCAAUCAGUUUUGACAAUGCGAAAACUAGUCUCAAUGCGAGGGGUGCUGCAUGCUGUGCAAGUUGUCAGUUUCAGGUUCUUCCCGAGGACCCCUCAUCUCUGGAGCACUUCAUUUCUCUCUUGCCACCAUCAAUGGUUUCCCACGCAGAGGAUGGUGAUCAUCUAAGUCAGAGACAGCUAAGGGAGCAAAUAGAAGACUGCUUGCUCUCGGACAACGAAGACUGAGCAUGAUCCUGCUGAUUAGUUUUGAAAAACAUCCGACUGCUGUAUUGAAACACAAAUCACUUUUUGAUCUCAAUUCACCAGUAUGUCAACUAAAGAAUCAUUUGUUACUAGAGCCCGGAGGAGCAGGGAAAAACUGAAAGAUGUAGGUAGGGGUUUUAAGAUUAUGCCGAGGUUCCCAUUUCUAUAAAUAUAUCAGUACACCAUGUUACGGUAUAGUUGGCUACUCGGCUGAUGCCUUGGGUACAGUGUCACAGAAAGAUUAUCUUCUGCCAUAUUCUUUUUGAUUUUUCAAUCUGUUUUGUGAGUGGGGUAUGUUACAAAAAGGUUGAGUAUGUUCUUUGGCCAACUUUUUAAACAUUUCAUGCCCUUCAGUUUUGGUUUAGCGCCUAAGCUACAUUGCAGUGUUUCUCAGACACUUUUUACAUAUGGGAAAGGUUGCUCUAGUAGCCCUGGCUGCAAGUUCAAUUUUGAUUAGCCAUUUUUCAAUGGGGAAUGCACAUUAAUUAUUUAUAAGUUUUCUUAGUUGUUUCAUUA